UACAAUGCAAGUACAUCAGCUUAAAAUAAAGUGUAACCAACUAUUAUUUAUUAAAAGGAUCUAGCAUGCUCAUAUAUUUAUCAUAUUCUGUUUGUUUUUCCAGAGUCGUUUGAGUCUCUCUUCAAUAUAGGAGAGAUGAUUGGAUCCGGAGGAUUUGGCAGGGUGUUCAAGGGUACGCGGAAGUUUGAUGGCAAAAAGGUUGCCAUCAAAGAGAUCAACAAGAUAGACAACAAUCGUUAUCUUGUUAUUCCUGGGCAUCCCGAACCUCUGGUUACAGAAGUGGCGCUGCUGCUGCUGAUGAGGCAGGAACCCAGAAGCCCGUACAUCAUACAGCUGUACGAGUGGUUUGAACACCCUGAAAAAUUCACCCUCGUUAUGGAGUACCCUGAACCAUGCGAGAGCUUGCUGGAUUUCAUCAGACGUAACUCUACACUGCAUGAAACAACGGCUCGGGUCAUCAUGCGACAGGCGGUGCUGGCAGUACAACACUGCAUCGAGCGUGGCGUUUUUCAUAAUGACGUUCAUGCGGACAACUUCCUGUUGAUGAAAAACAAUUUAGAGGUCAAGCUCAUAGACUUUGGCUGCGGUCAGCUUCUUAGUAGUGACGGCUACGAGAGCAGUAAAUACCUCGGACUACCGGAUAGCUGCCCACCUGAAGCCUACACAGGACCGAGAUUCCACGCCAUUCCUACAAAUGUCUGGAGUCUUGGAGUGUUGUUAUACGAGAUGGUGAAUGCAUGUUCUCCGUUUUUCGGUAGAACGGAUAUCACACAAGGUGAAGUUAUAUUUGAGAACUCCAAUUUAUCCAAAGAAUGCAGAGAUCUGAUUAUCCAGUGCCUAACAAAGGAUCCAAAUAAACGGCCGACGUUAGAGCAGAUGCUACAACAUGAAUGGAUUAGAAAUGAUCUUCUUGUAGAUUGGAGAAGUUCAGGAGAUUCACUUGCUUGGUGAUUUCAGGAAAUAACACACUUGCGGUCCUUGGUGCAGGGCUUGAGCUCGUGACGUGACCCGAAGCCCGAAAUCCAGCCUCGACUCGACAGGGAACUCAAGCCGCCACACCAGAGAGCUCAGAACCUGUGAGCAUGAGAGACUGCAAGACUGGAAAGAAGUCAUCACAACCAUAUUUCCAUCCUUCUCUUACUUAUCCAUGUCACCAAGUUUAGUAUAGGAUGUACACCAAGAGUUAGCCAUAGCCACAACGCAGAAGUCAAGUCAAUCUGAUCGUUAGAGACAUCAUUAUUCACGUACCCACCAGAGAUGAGACCGAUUCAAUGUCAUUUCCACAAAUAUACCAGUGACUACAAAUAGAAGGUGGCAUGGUCAAACAAACUGUAACAAUUAUAAAUCAACACGAAUACACAAUCUUAAACUUGUUAAGUUAACUUGUUUUUAUCAGGCGGUUAGACAAAAUAGGAAGGGUGGUGGGUUAGCAGUUACUGUCUCCUCAAAGUUGCAGCACCAAAAAAAUAAAAUACAUUAAAUUAAAAUAAAAUAAAAUCACAUUAUGGAGGAAUUUCAGUCUGGCUUUAGAGCUCAUCACAGUACAGGAAACUGCCCUUACAAAAAUAAUUAGUUAUGCCAGAAUAAACUCUGAUCAAAAAUAAGGUCUCAAUUCUACUUCAGUAACACUUUAUUUCGUAAUUAAA